UCACACUGGCCAUUGCCCCUCUGCUUUUCCAGGGCAGAGUCCUAAAGGGUCCAACAUGAGGAAGAGUUAUUUACUGUAAACUCCGCUAACAUCAUUUAUUCGUUACGUAUACUGUAUAUGCGGUUCCGCCCCAGUUUCUCGGCAUCACAUGACUGCGAUGGAAGCUCUCUGUGUGUUUAUAACACUGGGUCAUCACAGUGUAUCAUAGCGCCCACAGCACGUGGACCUCUUACAACAAACGCGCAGAAAAGGCGGGCGUGCAGCGCUCCGGAUCACUUUCAUCGCCACCUCACAGGUCAUCAUGGCGGAUUACAACUUGACAUCCCUCGCUCGUGCUUUGUCACAGCCACAGCUCGAGCUUCAGGCGGAAGGGACCAACGAAAUCGCGAGUCCGCGGAGUUUACCGGUGCAGCCGCCGCGGCUGACGCGGCUGUCAAGCUGCACCUCGCUCGAGUUCUUUGACACCGCGACUUCACCUUGCGCCAGAGAGGCGCAUGUCCUGGUCGUCAACACUGGAGGAACCAUCGGCAUGAUGCGUCGUGACGAUAAAGUGCUUGUCCCAGAGGCCAAUGCUUUGGUGGACAGACUGCGCAAGUUGCCCAUCCUUCACGAUGAGAUGUAUGCCCAGCAGACCGGCCUGUAUGACUACUAUGGAAUGAGCACCCUGGUCCUGCCGUCGAUUCCAGGUUAUAAGAGGAUAAUCUACACUAUUUUGGAGUACAACCCUUUGCUGGACUCCUCCAAUAUGACUCCAGAGGACUGGAUUAGAAUUGGAAAGGACAUUGAGAAAAACUAUCAAAGCUACGAUGGAUUUGUGAUCCUUCAUGGCACAGACACUAUGUCUUACACAGCCUCUGCUCUGUCCUACAUGUGUGAAAAUUUGGGCAAACCAGUCGUUGUCACUGGCUCACAGGUGCCUAUCUAUGAGGUCAGAAAUGAUGGCAGAAACAACCUGCUGGGGGCGCUGAUGAUUGCAGGCCAGUUUGUCAUUCCCGAGGUGUCCUUGUACUUCUACAACAGUCUCUACAGAGGGAAUCGUACGACCAAGGUGGAUACUGGGAGUUUCAAUGCCUUCGCCUCUCCUAACUUGGCUCCUUUGGCCACCGCUGAAGUGGAUAUUAAAAUCAACUGGGAUACAGUGUGGAGGGCAAACACCACAGCAAAGUUUCAUGUCAGCACCGAGCUGAACAGUAACGUGGGACUGCUCCGGCUCUUCCCAGGAAUCACUGCUGCUACUGUGAGGGCUUUCCUCCAGCCGCCCAUGCAGGGUGUUGUCCUGGAAACGUUUGGCAGCGGAAAUGCCCCCGAUAACCGUCCUGACCUGUUGGCGGAGCUAAAGAAGGCCACUGAUGCCGGUGUCAUCAUAGUAAACUGCACCCAGUGUCUGAGGGGAACCGUGUCUUUAUCUUACGCCACUGGCAAGGUGUUGCUGGAUGCAGGACUGAUAGCUGGUGGGGACAUGACUCCAGAGGCAGCCCUGACAAAGCUGUCCUACGUGCUGGCUCUGAAAGGCCUCGAUCUAGAUGCCAAGAAGAAGAUGAUGGGGACAAACUUGCGAGGAGAGAUGGCUGUUGACUUGGCAGGAUCCAAGCUGUCUCUGAGUGACAGCCGCUUCAUCCAGGUCAUCGCCAAGUCUCUGCGCGUCAGCUGCAAGGAGGAACUGGAAGCCAUCCGCGAUGCCCUGACUCCCCCACUGGCAUGUGCUGCUGCUAAGAACGGAGACAUAGAGGCUUUAGAAGCCCUAAAGGAGAUGGGCAGUAACUUGUGUCUGGGUGACUAUGAUGCACGUACACCCCUGCAUGUUGCCGCCUGUGAGGGCCACCUUAAAGUGGUGAAGUACCUGCUGCAUCAAGGAGCUUCAGUCUACGCUAAAGAUCGCUAUGGGGACACACCCCUGUCCAACGCUGUACGCUUCAGGCACAAGGAGGUCGUGCAGCUGCUGAGAAAGACUGGAGCUCACUUCACUCGAGACAAGUUGGAGGAAGCAGGAACUGAACUGUGCAGCCUGGCAGCCAGUGGUGACAUGGAGGGCCUGGAAAUCUGGUGCCUUGCUGGAGCGGAUCUGAGUAAACCAGGCUAUAAUGGACAAACGGCAAUCCAAGUGGCCAACGAUGUUGGCAGAGCUGAAAUGGUGACAUUUUUAGCACGUGAACUCAUGAAGACAGUGGAAUAUGGAAAUAAUGAAAUUAAUGAUGACAAUGAAGGGAUCACGUUCACCGCCACUCCAACAGAACAGUGAGCCGACGCUUGCAGUGAGCCGUCACACUACAGAAAUCGCCCUCCAUUUAUUUCCACUACGUCCCCAAACAGUCCUCUACACACCGUCCACUGUCCUGCCGAAUUUAACUCGAGAGUGAGAGUCUCUUUCACUUUGAGUGCUUAUAUUUGUGUAUAUUUCAAGCCAUCUUUGCUUACAGUCUUUCCCUCCUAAUCCACCUAAUAACACAGCAUUCUGUAACAAUUGCACAGUGCUGAAAUAGGCCAACACUAUAUGUGUGUAUAAAUUAAUGUUUGGUUUUUGCACAAAAGUAUGUGUAUGUAUAAGGAAACAUAUCAAACUGAAUGUUUUAAUCAAAUGCUUUUAUGACUGAACAUGAACAACAGACUCUUACUGUAAUGAUCAAUCAGGGAUUUGAGGCUGAACUUGAGCCGUUUAACAAGAACAGUGCUGAUACCUCUAAGGACCAUUAGUCCUAAACAGUGUAAACAACGAAUGACAUUGAAAUUUUAUUUUCUAUAUACCAAAACACUUAAAGAACUGUGACAUUACUUUAUAAAGUAAUGUUGCCUGUAGCUAUAGCAAAUUUAUUUGUGAUAUGGCACAACAGGGUACAUUCAUAUAUUUUGUUUUUAUGCUUAUUUUAACAGUGAGAUACUAGAAAGUGUCUAAAUAAAAAUAAGGAGUGUCUUUUUAUCAUCUUGAUCAAGUUGUACCAAAUGUCCACUUCGGACUAAGACUGCAGAGGUUUUCAUUCCCUUCUGCUCAAACAGGCGCUACAAAAACCUGUUACCUUUCAGGCUCAUCCAGCCUGUUUUACACAGUGGCAGUCGAGCGAGAAGAGUCGCAUAUCUAACCCUUUUGAAAUGUAAAGGGGAAAUUCGGACUAUUGUGUGAGCCAGAUAAAGCCAUAGUUUCUUGUUUUUAUUUCACGUCUUUUGAUUGUCUUCUCACAGACGAGACUUUUUGUUCUUAUCUUUGUUGUGUAAGGAGAAAAUUGUUCUUUGCUUUGAUGUAAUUUGCUUUUAAAAAUCAGUAUGUAUCAGUUGUGUUGCACUCUUAAAGUUAUGGGUGAUGUAUAUGUGAUUUGCCUGUGGUUUUAAAGUGAAAACAACUUCCAAAUUACUUGAAAU